AUGGUUUCGACGGGGAUUAGAGACGUGUUAGCCUCGAUAGCAUCGAUUUGCACGGUUUUACAAUUUUUAGCCGGCGUGCUGGUGUGCAGAAAGAUCAUUAAAAAUGGCACGACGGGAAAUAGUUCAGCUUUGGCAUUUGUAACAUGUUAUACAUCAUGUGUCUUGUGGAUGAAAUAUGGUUUGCUUAUCGAAGAUCAGUUUAUAUUGUUAGUGAAUGUUUUUGGAACAAUACUCCAGGCUUCUUAUGUUUGCAUAUUCAUUUUGUACAGUGUAAAAAAGUUCAAAACAGUCAAGCAAAUGAUUGUAGCAACUUGCUUUCUUGGAGCUGUAUACUUUUAUAGCUUUUAUGAGGAGGAUAAAGCAUUAGCUGCAAAGUAUAUUGGUUUUCUUAGCUGUGCAGUAACAGUAUUAUUUUUUGCAUCUCCUUUAAUGUUACUGGCACAUGUGAUAAAGGUUAAAAGUACAGAAAGUUUGCCAUUUCCCAUUAUCAUGGCUUCUUUAAUAGUUUCUUGUCAGUGGUUUGCUUAUGGUUGCCUUCUUAAUGAUCGUUUUAUACAAAUACCAAACUUUUUAGGUUGUGUAUUGUCUGCAUUUCAACUCUGUUUUUUUUUAAUUUAUCGAAACGACCAAUGCAGAGAGUCUCAUUUAAUAUAA